AUGACGCAAUCCUAUCAACAGCCCCAAGCGGCCUUGGCCGGCUUUCUUGAUUCAAUGCACCAAGAUAGUUCAAUGUCCGCCUACAAUUUAUUCGGCCAGUAUCCCGAGAGCGUCGCAUUCUGGCACGAUCCAACCGCGACGGUGCCACCCAUCGGCCUUGCCGCUCCGUCAUAUCCACCCAAGCAAUCAGCACACCUCCAGCCCGUCGGAGACCAGAAGAAACACAAGCGCACCCGAAGUGGCUGCUUCACAUGUCGUGCGCGUCGCAUCAAAUGCGACGAGGCGCGACCCGUCUGUGAACGCUGUCGCAAGGGCAAUCGGGACUGCGUUUACCCAUCGCCGACAGCAUCGUCCAGCAAGGGAUCUCGCUCGUCCACAAAAUCACGGGGCACACGCCCUCUGUCGCAGGGCAGCGAGUCCUCCAGCAAGCACGAUACCGAGGAAAUGAACCCGCUCGAACCAAUCCUCGAUGAGGAAGAACCGGAAGGAACGGAUUUGGGCUCGGAGGCAUCACCAAGGAGUGGCAGUGGUGCUGGUCACCCACGGCAGCAGCUCCAUCGCACUCAGAGCGGCCAUUCCUUACGGAAACGGAGUGUGAAGCAGCUAUCCGAGGCAGGUUCGUCGCAGGUCGAGGCCGGUAGCUCUCCAUCCACGGAAUCGUCCCGGUACGAGUCCAUGAGUGUUCGGUCGGGCAGUUUCAGCCAUUCGAUCCUCGACUUGAUCAACAACAGUCGCCUAGCUGAGGAUGUACGCUUCUAUCUGGACUUUCACCAGCAGCAUCUCUCGUACGACCAUUUCUUUCUGCGAUCUUCCAGCGCUCAUUUCAUCCAUCAUAGCAUCCUCGAACUGGCGUUGGGGUAUGAUCCGCUGCUGUAUGCUCUGUGGGGGAAGCUCUACACAUUCUUGAAGUACUAUAAUAAGGCGCUGGUUUUGUUACGGAAGUCGCUGGAGGCGGGCGAGGAGCACACAGAGGCAACGCUGUGUACUGUCCUCGUCCUCACAGUUUUCGAGGAAUAUAUCGGAGACUGGGCCAAUCUGGUUGAUCAUCAUCAAGCUGCGCAUGCCCUGAUGCGGGAGUUGCUCACUCCGGACUCCUCCAACAUGAUCGACCUGCACACCAAUAUCUUCCUGUGGUACGCUCGAUUUGAUGUGGUGGCCGGCAUUCUAGCUGGCACGGAGACCAUUCUGAGCCGUGACUGGUAUAUCGCCAAGGAGCAAUACGACGCCCAACAAGCCGCCCUCUACCCAGAUGAUCCAAACAAGCAGCUUGCCUACGUCGCUUCGAUCAAUCGCCGCUUCGGGCUGGACAUGGCUUCUCUCUACGCCAAGCUUUCCCGGGGCUGA